CCGCUCACGUUGUUUUCCUCUUAGCGCGGAAACUUAACUUCCACGUCUGAACCACAACAACCCUGUGAGUUUGGUUGACUGAAGGGCACAUAUAUACGCCUGCAGACUACUACUUACCAGCAAAAGAGAAACGUUGUUGUUUUACUGCACGGAGGAGCAAUUUGUUGGUCAAAACGCAAAAAUGUCAAAGAUAGACAAGAUGAGCAUCCUCGGGGUGAGGAGCUUUGGGAUUGAGGAUAAAGACAAACAAGUCAUUUCAUUCUUCACUCCGCUGACCGUGCUGGUUGGACCCAACGGAGCAGGGAAAACGACUAUUAUUGAGUGCCUUAGGUAUGCAACAACAGGAGAGCUUCCCCCUGGAUCUAAAGGAGGGGCAUUUGUUCAUGAUCCAAAGGACGCCCAUGAGACAGAUGUGCGAGCACAGAUUCGACUCUUAUUCACCGAUGUCAACGGAGAGAAAUUGACUAUCCAUCGCUCCAUGUCCUGCACUCAGAAGGCAAAGAACUACACCUUCAAAAGCUUGGAGCAGGUCAUAACCAGGAUAAAGGACGGUGAGAAGAAGAGCUUGUCAUCAAAGUGUGGUGAACUGGAUCGGGAGAUGAUUUCUGCGCUGGGUGUGUCGAAGCCUGUGCUGAAUCAUGUCAUCUUUUGUCACCAAGAAGAAUCCAACUGGCCACUCUGCGAGGGCAAAGCGCUCAAAGACAAGUUCGACUCCAUCUUCGCUGCCACCAAGUAUAUCAAAGCUCUGGAGACAAUGCGUCAGUUGCGUCUCAAAAAAAGUCAAACUGUCAAAGAGUGUCAAGUGGAGUUGCGCUACCUGAAGCAGAAUAAGGAGAAAGCCAUGCAGAUUAGAGAGACCGUGGCCACCAAGGAAGCUCAGCUGACGUCCUCUAGAGACAGGAUCCAGCAGAUAGAGAGCGUGAUUGAGCCACUGGAGAAUCGAAUGACUGAUAUUGACUUAAAACUGGGGAAAGUGAUGAAGCUGGACAACGACAUCAAAGCUUUAGACAGCAGGAAGAAACAGAUGGAGGAGGAUAACAAGGAGCUGGAGGAAACCAUGGAACAGGUGUUCCAGGGUUCAGACGAGCAGCUGCAGGAGAUUUACCAAAACCACCAGAGGACUGUGAGAGAGAAGGAGCGGAGGCUGACGGACUGCCAGAAGGAGCUGGAGAGAGCUGGAUGGGAGUGUCAGAGACUCAACAGGGUCAAGGCUGAACUCCUGGUAGAACAAGGUCGUCUACAGCUGGAGGCUGACCGCCACACUCAAAACAUCAAGAGCCGCGACACUCUGGUUCGCUCUUUGUCGUCCUAUCUGGGGAUGGAGGGUUACGACCGACCGCCCUUCACUAAACUUCAGCUUGAGAGCUUUAAUCGUCACGUCACAGAGAGACUUGAGCAGGAAAAAGCGACAGUCAGUCAGGUUAUGGCGGACCUGCAGGAAAAGGAGCAGCAGAAGCAGCAGUCCAUUGAUGAAAUGAGGGAUAAGAAGACCAGCCUGGAGAGAACUGUGGAGUUGAAGAGAGACCUGCAGGGGAAAAAGCAGCAAGAACUGAGGAACAUCAGGGCAGAGCUGCAGAGGCUGGAGGGUUCGUCUAGCCGGCUGCAAGAACUGGAGAAUGACCUGGCUAAAGUGGAGCGUGAGCUACAAAGUGCAGUUCAGAGCUCCAACGUGGAGGAGCUGAAGGCAGAGGUGGAGGAGCUCCAGAGAGAAAAGGUUGAACUUGACCGCGCACAGAGACAGCUCGACCAAGAGAUGGGGAUGCUCAACACACACACCACCGCACGCACACAGAUGGACAUGCUGAAAAAGGACAAGACAGAGAAGGAGGAGCAGGUUCGUAAGAUCAAGUCUCGUCACAGUGAGGAGCUGGUGACAUUGCUGGGCCACUUUCCCAACAAGAGAGAACUGGAGGACUGGAUCUAUGCCAAAUCUAAGGAAAUCAACAGUACCAGGGACAGACUUGCCAAACUCAAUAAGGACCUGGCAUCUAGUGAGCAGAAUAAGAGCCACAUUGCUGCUGAGGUACGGAAGAAGGAGCAGCAGUUAGCCAGCGACGAAGAGAAGUUCUUCAAAGUGUGUGGCAGUCAGGAUCUGGAGCAGGACCUGGGCAAACUGCGAGAAGAUCUGGAGAAGAUCUCCAAACAAAGAGCCAUGCUAGCUGGAGCCACAGCGGUCUACACCCAGUUCAUCAGCCAGCUGACGGAGGAGAGAGAGCCCUGCUGCCCUGUGUGCCAGAGGACGUUCCCCUCAGACUCCGAUCUGCAGGAAGUCAUCAGUGACAUGCAGUCCAAACUACGCCUGGUGCCAGACAAGCUGAAAAACACCGAGCACGACCUGAAGAGGAAGGAGCAGAAGAGAGAUGAGAUGAUGGCUCUCAGACCUGUCAGGCAGUCCAUUGUACAGUUUCAGGAAAAGGAGUUGCCUGAGUUGAAAAACCACUUGCAGACUGUUAACAGAGAAAUCGAGAGGCUGAAGGGCGACGUGGAGGAGCAGGAGACUCUGCUUGGUACCCUGAUGUCAGAGGAGGAAACUGCCAAGGCCUGCCUGCAGGACAUAUCUCUCAUGGACAGAUACCUGAUGGACCUUAAAGAGUUGGAGAAGAAAAUCGCUCAGCAGGCUGCCAAACUCCAGGGAGUGGACCUGACCAGAACCAUCCAGCAAGUCAGUCAGGAGAAACAAGAGACUCAGCACAAGCUAGACACCACCUCCAGCAAGAUGGAGCUGAAACGUAAGCUGAUCCAGGACCAGCAGGAUCAGAUUCAGAUACUGAAAAGUGCUGUGAAUGAGACCAGAGAAGAGAAACUCCAGCUGAGCAGUGACAUGCAGAAGCAGCAGCAGCUGGAAGAGCAGUGUGUCGAGUUCACCACUGAAAUACAGGACUUAACCAGGGACAUCAAGGAAGCGAAAGAACAGCUGGCUCCUUUGUCUGCUGCUCUGGAGAAGCUGCAACAGGAGAGGCAGGAGCUGGUGGAGCGCAAGAGGCAGAGGCAGGAAGAGGGGCAGGAGAAGAUCAGUGCCAUUAAAGAGAGAGUAAAGGCGAUCACCACCUUGGAAAGAGACAUCACCAAAUACGUUGAUGAUUGCAAAGAUGAAUAUAAAGAGCAAAAAGAAGCUGAGCUCCAAGAAACCAACACUCAGCUCCAUGAGGCCGAGAAGAAUAAAGAGAAGAUCAACAAGGAGAUGGGGAACGUCCGUCAGGACAUAGACACUCAAAAGGUCCAGGAGCGCUGGUUGCAGGACAACUUGACCUUAAGGAAGCGUGUUGAGGAGUUGAAGGAGGUUGUGUCAAAACGCGAGGCUCUAAUGAAAGACAUGGGCAACAUGCAAGUGUUGCAGCUACGCCAAGAACGACGUGAAGCAGAUCGCAAGUUGGAAGAGUUGAAGAAGAACCGCAGUAUUGCCAUGGGUCGUCAAAAAGGGUUCGAGGAGGAGAUACUGCAUUACAAAAAAGAGCUGCGAGAAGAUCAGUAUGACAAAGCUGAUGAGUACUACAAAAACAUGAUGAUAACCAUGAGGACAACAGAGCUGGUCAUCAAAGACCUGGAUCUCUACUACAAGGCCCUUGAUCAAACCAUCAUGAAAUUCCACAGCAUGAAGAUGGAUGAGAUCAACAAGAUUAUCAGAGAUCUAUGGCGCAGCACCUACAGGGGUCAAGACAUUGAGUAUGUGGAGAUCAGGUCUGAUAUGGACGAAAACUCGUCCGCUGGAGUCAGGCGGAGGUUGUACAACUACAGAGUAGUUAUGGUUAAAGGAGACACGGCUUUGGAUAUGAGAGGACGCUGCAGUGCCGGACAGAAGGUGUUGGCGUCCCUGAUCAUUCGUCUAGCUCUGGCCGAGACCUUCUGUCUGAACUGUGGGAUCCUGGCCCUGGACGAGCCCACCACAAAUUUGGACCGAGACAACAUUGAGUCACUGGCACACGCCCUCGUAGAAAUCAUCAAGAGUCGCUCACGCCAACGCAACUUCCAGCUGCUGAUCAUCACCCAUGACGAGGACUUCGUGGAGCUGCUGGGGCGGUCCAGCUACAUUGAGCACUUCUACCGCAUCCGUAAAAACCAGGACCAGAACUCUGAGAUCACAAAGUGCAGCAUCUCCUCCCUCUCUGCCUAUCUCCACUGAGCAGACGAAAGACUCUUUAAACUCUUUCGUAAAUACACACUUAUCCUCCUUUAUAGACUUAAAACAUAUAUUUUUUAAAACUGACAUUGAAAGUUAUAAUGCUAAUUAAUAGCAUGAACCGUUUACAUGCUAUGGACCUUGACUUAUUUAAAUAGUCUUGCACUGAUGUUUGUAAUCUUUACAAAGUGUUCAGUAGCCAUCUGCUGGCCAUGAUCUCUGCUUAAAAAAUCAUUAUGUUUGCAAGUUUGUGAGCUGAAAAUGCUCUGUCAUUAAACCUCUUGUGAAUGACUUGAAUUGGUAUUUGUGACUGUCACUCUUUUCGCUGGAUAAGUGAAUGCUUUUUGGG